AUGGAAGGUCUUUCGAUGAUCCUGAAAAAGUGUAUUGAUGAGGAGGUGAAUUUUGCUUACCACCAAGGCUGUGAAGACCUCAAGUUAACUCAUUUAUGUUUUGCAGAUGAUCUUUUUAUUUUCUCUCGAGGGGAUGAUGUUUCGGUUGAAGUGAUAAAACGAGCUCUUCAAAUGUUUGAAGUUCGAUCGGGUUUGUCUCCGAGUCUCGAAAAAAGUGAGGUAUUUUUUGGAAAUGUGCGUUGGAUGUUCAACAUGCUAUUCGAAAUUGCCUUCCGUUUCGUCCGGGGGUGUUUCCUAUUCGGUACUUGGGUGUUCCUCUAUCUCCAGUUCAUAAAUGGCCAGGAGUUUCAUAAUAACUCUACRSUUUAUGACCUAAUGCAACGAUUUGGUAAUGAGUGGCCGGAUGAAUGGAUACAAAGAUUUCCCCAGUUGCAGCAAAUUCAGAUUCCUUCCCCUAGUCCUUUUGAGGAUACGRUUAGGUGGCUUGAGCCUAAUAAUAAUAGGMAGCUUUUUAUGGUAAAGGUGGCUUGGCAAMCUUUGCAAGAAGUGGGACCUAUUAUGCAUUGGUACAAGGUGGUUUGGAAUAAAGCAUACAUACCUAAACAUGCUCUCUGUAUGUGGAUGGCAUGUCAGAAAGGACUACCGACCCAAGAUCGACUUUGCCAGUGGAAGCAUGAACCUCCUGAUCUGAAAUGCGUGUUUUGCAACUUGGUGAUAGAAACGCACAAUCACUUAUUCUUUGAGUGUAAUUAUUCGAGUAGUAUUUGGGAGGGAAUAAAGAGGGAAAUAAGGAUCCAGAUGUGUUCGGAAAAUUGGGAGGAUAUUCUUAAUAUAGGACGAUUGCAAGGAUGGAAAUUGUGGCCUACGGUUCAAAAACUGGGUAUCUCGGCUACAGUGUACCACAUUUGGAUGGAAAGGAAUAGAAAGUCUUUUGACAAUCAUAACCAUACUGGAGCUCAAGUAGUGGCUGAUAUCAAGACUUAG